AUGUCAGGAGGCCUGACACAACGACGAAGGAAUUUCGCCGCAGACGAUGUAGACGACGAUGACGCAGCUGCCCGCUCCAAAGCAAACAAUGCCGACAUGAACGACGACGGGCGAAAACGGUCUGUCAAUGAUAGCAGUGAGGGAGGAAAUAAUAGUAAUAAUAUAGACGAUGAUGAAGAUGAUAAUGAUGGCAAGGACGGAGCUGGAAAAACUAAUAGGUUGACGCUUAUGGAACAGGUGCUGCUGAUGGGUAUCAAGGAUUCGCAGGGAUAUCUCUCAUUCUGGAAUGACAACAUCUCAUAUGUCUUACGAGGAUGUAUCUUGAUGGAAUUAUCAUUCAGGAAUCGAAUCAAAACUGUCCUAGAGCCUAGGAAACGACCUUUUGCUGAACGUCUGAUUGAAGUCGUGUCAGAUCAACCCACUGGCGAAGUCCUGCUAGACGAGGCUCUCAAACUUAUGAAACUCGAACGACAGAGUGUGGGAAAUUGGAUUGAUCUCAUGAGUGGCGAAACAUGGAACUUGAUGAAAAUCGGCUACCAACUAAAACAAGUCCGUGAACGCAUCGCCAAAGGACUCGUAGACAAGGGAGUCCUCCGCACCGAAAAACGAAACUUUGUCCUAUUCGACAUGGCAACCCACCCAGUCGCAGACCACUCCAUCAAGGAAGCAAUGAUGACUCGAGCUACAGACUGUCUCCUAGGUAGAGGUGGAUCAGCAUCCGUAUCAGAUCGCAGAACAGUGGCACUUGUAUGUGCUGCAUAUGCUGCAAACGUACUGGAUUUCGCAUUGGUGAAUUUGAGCGGUACGCAACGUGAUGCUGCCUUCCAGAAGGUGGACGAGUUCUUGCAGGAAGGUGCUGCAUUGACGGACCGCGCAAAGGCGUGGGGUGUUACGGAGGUUAUGGCGGGUGUGUUGAGUGUGUAUACAAAGAUGGAUUCGAUAUUAUAG